AUGGGUACACCUGAGUUGUGCGAGUUGGAUCCUACCAUCUUUCUGGCUGAGAACGAUCAUCCUGAAAAAUCAGCAAACCCGCCCGAUCUGCUUAUCCUGAACCAGCCCAUCACCGACUUUGCUACAUUCUCCCGGCUAUGGGGACAUACCAACUAUCACAUAUGCGCCGACGGUGGUGCAAACAGGCUUCAUGACAUGUUCAAAGGUGAUCUCGAGAAACAAAGAGACCAAUAUCUUCCAAGUAUCAUCCACGGUGAUCUCGACUCGCUGCGCGACGAUGUGCGCGCAUACUAUGAGUCCCAUGGCGUUGAGGUACUACGAGAUGGCGACCAGUACAGCACAGAUUUCGGAAAGACGAUGUCCAAGAUCUCUGCGCGAGACAAUGCGGCAUCACAGAAAGAUGUGUUGAUUCUUGGUACUCUAGCAGGCCGAGUGGACCAAGGUCUCGGACUUUUGCAUGAGAUGAUCAGAGAAGAGACCAAGCAUCCAAAUUUGCGCUUAUGGCUCUUUUCUGAGUCCAGCCUCUCCCUUAUUCUCAGGAGCAGACGAACGGUUGUUCACAACCUCUUGUCCAGCGGGCUCUUUACAGAGAAUUUGGGUCUUGUUCCUGUCUAUGGCCCAGCAACUAUCAGCACAGCCGGACUGGAAUGGGAUGUCAGAGAUUGGUUCACACAGAUGGGCGGUCAAGUCAGUACAAGCAAUCACGUCAAGGCUGACAAGGUACAAGUUGAUACAGACGGACCAAUACUCUUCACCAUAGAACGGGCGCCAUUAGAGCAAACGUCGUAA